GAGGCCAGACUGCCCAGGUCUGUGGCUGCGUUUCUCGGAAAACCAAAACUAACAGGCACAUACAAGGCGGUCUCUGCUGAAGGACUUUGCCGAGGGGAGAGAACAUGUCGACCCUAUCUUACAGAGUGCUCCAGGAUGCGACCGUGGACCCCCUUUCCAGGAGCUAGCCGUCUCAACACGGAGCCCUUGACUAAAGGAAGGCUGAGCAGGCUGAGUUGAAGAUCCCUCUCCUUUGCCAGGUGUCAAGGACCAUGACCAGCCAGGGCAAUAAAAGGACAACGAAAGAAGGAUUCGGUGAUCUGAGAUUCCAGAACGUCUCUCUGCUGAAAAAUAGGUCAUGGCCAAGCCUCAGCAGUGCCAGAGGGCAGUGUCGGGAGGUUCUGGAACCACUUCAGGAUCACAGAAGGAACUUGGCUGGGGUCCCAGGUGGAGAAAAAUGCAACAGUAACAACGACUACGACUACGAAGAUCCUGAGAUCCAGCUGCUGAAGGCAUGGCCGUCAAUGAAAAUUUUACCAGCCAGACCUAUCCAGGAAUCAGAAUAUGCAGAUACACGCUAUUUCAAGGAUAUGAUGGAGGCUCCCCUUCUGUUACCUCCCAAGGCUUCUGUCUCCACUGAGAGACAAACCAGGGAUGUGAGGAUGACACAGCCGGAAAAAGUGGACAAGCCUACCUCCAGGGAUGCCAGAAGCCAAUGCUUUAAAGGACUCAAAUACACAAAAGUGAACAAGACUCCUUUGCCACCUCCUCGGCCUACUAUCACUCUCCCCAAGAAGUACCAACCCUUACCCCCAGCACCACCAGAGGAGAGCAGUGCAUACUUCCCUCCAAAACCUACCUUUCCAGAAGUCCAGAGGGGGGCCAGGCAGAGGAGUGCAAAAGACUUCAGUAAGGUCCUUGGAGCAGAAGAAGAAUCUCAUCACCAGACAAAGCCAGAAUCUUCUUGCCCAUCAUCAAGCCAAAACACACAGAAGAGUCCACCUGCCAUUGCCAGCUCUUCCUACAUGCCAGGAAAGCGCAGUAUGCAAGCCAGAGACCAUACAGGUAGCAGGCGGCACUGGGCUGCUCAGAGAUGCCAAGCUGCAGCCAGCCACAGCCCUCGUUUGCUGCCCUAUGAAAACACAAACUCGGAGAAAGCUCGGCCCACGAAGCCUGAUGAGAAGGAUGUCUGGCAGAAUGAAUGGUACAUUGGAGAAUACAGUCGCCAGGCAGUGGAAGAGGUGUUAAUGAAAGAGAACAAGGAUGGUACUUUUUUGGUCCGAGACUGCUCUACGAAAUCCAAGGCAGAACCAUAUGUGUUGGUGGUGUUUUAUGGGAACAAGGUCUACAAUGUGAAAAUCCGUUUCCUCGAGAGCAAUCAGCAGUUUGCCCUGGGCACAGGACUCCGAGGAAAUGAGAUGUUUGAUUCUGUGGAAGACAUCAUUGAACACUACACGUACUUUCCCAUUCUGCUAAUAGAUGGGAAAGACAAGGCUGCACGCAGGGAACAGUGCUACCUCACCCAGCCACUGCCUCUAGCCAGGUUCCUUCUCACUCAGUACUCCAGCCAGGCACUCCACGCGGAAGAGGAGCAGUGUGGGGAACAAGAGCCCUGGUGAAUACCAGCUUGAAGGCAGACAGCAGAAAUAUGUGGACUGUGAUGUGAAG